ACUUUGAUGGUUUAGGUAUAGCAUAUUGUGAUGUUGUUACUUAUCUUCCAUGUUAUAGAAAUGUUUUAAAAGAAGCAGCUCGAUUUGGUGAUAAAUGGUCAAAUAGAUGGGCACAAGAACAUUCAUAUGCAAAAAUUCUUUCCGAAUUACCUGAUAUUCUUGAACAACAUACUAUUUGUGUGAAUAAAGCUCAAUUUAAUAAUUGGCAAGAUUAUUUAAAAGUAUUUUUAGCUCAAGGUGGUAUUAUUGAAGCAUAUCCACCAUCAGAUUCCGUUACAUCAAUAACUGUUUGCCUUUCAAUUGAACCUGAUGGUCAUCAUACAAUAAUAUGUUCUGGUGAUCAUUUACAUGCUGAAUCACAAUUUUCUUGUUGGGGUUUAUCAUUUCCACAAUCAAGUGUUGAACCACAUGAAUUAAAUCUUUAUUGUUCACAAAUUGUUGAACAAUGUAAACAAAGAAAUAUAUAUGGUUAUAUUGAUAUUGAUUUUGUUACAUUUAUUGAUGCUAAAACUGAUAAACAACAAGUAUGGAUUGUUGAUUUAUCAAUUGGAUAUUCUGAACAUAUAUCACUUUAUCGUGUUAUGCGUUUUGUUACAACUGGUCGUUUUGAUCCACAAACACAUUCAUUUACUGCUAAAGUUAAACAAGCUAAACGAUUAAGAAAUUGGCAAGGUUCUGCACCUGAAUAUAAUAUUGUGGAAAGAAAUCGUUAUGCUGUUUGGAGUGCACGUUUACAUCAUUCAAAUUUAUCAGUUCUUCAUUAUAGUGUCUUUUUUCAAAUGUGUCGUGCACAUGGUGUUGGUUUUGAUAUUCGUGAAAAACAAGGAAGUGUUUUUACAUUACUUGAAUGUGAUCGUCAUGAAAAUAUUGGUAUGAUUACGAUUGGUGAUACAUUACAAAAUACAUUAUCAAAUUUUGCUUAUAAUUUAAAUGCUAUUAAUCAAGAAAUAACCACAGCAAGUAUGAAAGGACGAAGUAAUUUUAUAUUAGCGAUAAAUGAUAUUGAAAAUAUACUUGGUAUUACACAAGAAAAUGCUUCAAAUGAAUCAACGGCAAAUGCCACAUCUUAA